AAUUUGAUUUGCUCUCCACUGUGUUCCUUUUCAGCAACUAAUACUUGUAUUAUUCAACAAUGAAGCUAAUCAUCAGCUCCUUUCUGCUGAUCUUUCGCGGCUGAAUGACUCAGCAUUAUCUGCGGACGGUAUUGAUUGGAAUCUUGCCUCUAUACGUGUUGCCAUGAGCCGAUUUCCUGAACUUCAUUUUAUUGUUCGCUCGUUUGAAAUGUCGGAAGUGUUGGAAAUGCGGCGAAUGGGCCGUUUUUUCUUUGAACGUUAUUUAGGAGAUACACGAGGUCCUUUGGAAGCGGCUAUCGACUCACCCACUUAUCUUCACAAUUUUUCUUCCAUUCACAUGAAGUUCUGUUAUCCUCAGUUAGCCUUGCUAUUCCAGUACUCAUAUCGAGCUUGGAAUAAGUUUGGAAUAUCUGGUAAAUCACCCGAGUUCCUGGUACAUUCUGCGGACCCGCCAGCAGAAUCCGAGUUCUACCCUGAUACCAACGUAGGGUUUCGGCCUAUCGAGCCUGGAUCAGGCGUUGAAUUCAGUAAAGCUCUAGGAGGUAAUCGUGUGCGGGAACAGUUCACAGUGGUUUUACUCACCUACAAUCGUGAUGCUGUGCUAGCUGCCUCAUUAGAACGGCUUCAUCGGAUUCCUUAUUUGAACAAAGUCAUUGUCAUUUGGAAUAAUGUCGAUCGAGAGCCAUUAGGAGCAUGGCCAAGGUUACAUGUACCUGUGGAGUUCAUAAAGGUUUCGAAAAACAGCCUCAACAAUCGUUUUGUGCCUUGGGAUCGCAUACGAACAGAAGCGGUUCUAUCUCUCGACGAUGAUAUUGAUCUGAAGCAACACGAAAUCGUCUUUGCCUUCAGAGUAUGGAGAGAGAACCGUCAUCGGAUUGUCGGAUUUCCAGCUCGAUACCAUGCCCGCUAUGGCGAUGAGAUGUACUACAAUAGUAAUCAUACUUGUCAAUUGAGUAUUAUACUAACUGGAGCUGCGUUCUUGCACAAGUCGUACUUUCACGCGUAUACUAACGAAAUGCCGGAAGCCAUACGUCGUCAUGUCGAUGAAGUAACAAACUGUGAAGAUAUUGCAAUGAAUUUCCUCGUCUCUCAUCUCACACGUGAACCACCUAUCAAAACGACUAGUAAAUGGACAAUCAGGUGUCCAACGUGCACGGAGACGUUGUCACAAGACGAAUCACAUUUCCGCGAACGACAUGAAUGUAUACGUCUCUUCACAAGAAUCUAUGGAUACAAUCCGUUGAAGUUUUCGCAAUUUCGUGCCGAUUCGGUUCUGUUCAAGACCCGGCUACCACCGGACAAGCAGAAAUGCUUCCGAUUCGUUUGA